AUGAUUCUUUAUGAUACAGGAGAAUUACUUUUUCCAGAUCAUUGUGACAAAUCCGUGCUGGGUCGAUUCUACAAUCCUGUGUAUAUGGCAUUCUUUGACAAAUAUUGCCAAGUACUCGACCAAAAGUGCUCAAAAGUAAAAUCCAAUUUUAAUGAAAAGAACGUUUUGAAAGCAUUUGACUACGAUUUCCGAUUCUGGCCUGUGGAUUAUGCUGCCCAAUGUUCUGAUUCUGCCAUACUCAAACAGCUGCAGUCGGAUUCUCUGUAUGGGGGACGAAGAGCCAAAGUCAAGACCCUCACAGGCGCAGAAAUCGACACAAUGUUCUUGGACCGUCGGGACUGCCACGCUGGGCAGUUUCUUGUCAUUUGCAGUGAGGGAAACUGCUCGUUUUACGAGUGUGGGUCAAAUCAGAGCAUAAUAUCACUGGGACAUUCAGUCCUGGCCUGGAACCAUCCGGGAUUUGGGAGUCUUCCGUAUGUCUAUGAGGAGAAUAACGCCGUUUAUGCUGUCAUUCUGUACGCCAUUGAGGAAUUGGGAUUCAAUACAAACAAGAUCAUUUUGUAUGGGUGGUCUAUUGGGGGUUAUUCGGCCGCAUUUGGAGCUGCCCUCUUCCCCUCAGUGGAUUCAGUGGUUGAUUUUGUUCGACUUUAA